AUGAUUCUCGCGCGGUGCGCGCGCCGCGUGCCCUACGGCGCGGCGGCCGUCGUGUCGACGUCCUGCGCGCUCGCCGACGAGGGCCCGACGUUCAGCGUCGAGAAGGUGGACCUCAAGCGCGUCACGCACCUGCAGACGCUGGGCUUCCGGAGCAAGGGCGGGUCCAACGCCAAGUCCUUCGGCUACGCCAAGUUCAUCUCCGACGACGACUGCGUGCUCGGCGACGUGUUGCUCAAGGCGCACGCCGGCCCGCGCGAGGUCACGGGCUACAUGCGCGCGGGCCCGCGGAGCGAGCUCCACUUCGACCCGAAGGAGACGCGCGCGGCGAUCGUCACCUGCGGCGGCCUCUGCCCGGGCCUCAACUCCAUCGUCAAGAACCUGGUGACGAUCCUCGAGGGCCACUACGGCAUCCAGAAGAUCUACGGGGUCUCCGGCGGCUACCGGGGCUUCACGUCCGUCGGCUGGGACGCGCCCGUCGAGCUGUCGAGCGACUACUGCGAGCGCAUCCACCACGACGGCGGCACGGUGCUCGGCACGUCGCGCGGCGGCUUCGACGCCGAGAAGAUCGUCGAGUGGCUCAAGGCCAAGCACGUGUCGCAGCUCUUCGUCGUCGGCGGCGACGGCACGCACCGCGGCGCGUACAAGCUCGCGGAGCUGUGCGUCGCCCGGGGCCUGAACGUGUCCGUCGCGGGCAUCCCGAAGACCAUCGACAACGACAUUGGCAUCAUCGACCGGAGCUUCGGCUUCAUGACCGCCGUCUCCGAGGCGACGCGCGCGAUCGCCGCCGCGCGGACGGAAGCGGAGUGCAACAUGCCGAACGGCAUCGGCGUCGUCAAGCUCAUGGGCCGGUCCGCGGGCUUCCUGGCCGCCUACGCGACGCUGGCGUCCCAGGACGUCGACUUGUGCCUCGUGCCGGAGGUGCCCAUCGUCAUGGAGGGCCCGCAGGGCGUGCUCCCGCACCUCGAGCGCGUCAUCGACCGCAAGGGCCACGCCGUCGUCGUCGUCGCGGAGGGCGCCGGCGAGGAGCUCCUCGGCGCGUCCGCCGAGGUCGACGCGGGCGGCAACAAGAAGCUGCCGGCCAUCGGCGAGUGGCUCGUGGCCGAGAUCAAGAAACACUUCAAGGCCUCGGGCAAGGAGGCGACGCUCAAGUACAUCGACCCGUCCUACAUGGUGCGCUCCGUCGCCGCGGACGCGGGCGACUCCUAUUUGUGCAUGCUCCUCGCCCACGCGGCGGCCCACGGCUCCAUGGCGGGCUACACGGGCUUCACGGUGGGCCUCGUGAACAACCGCACGGUCAUGAUCCCCAUCCCGGAGCUCGCGCGGACGUCGCCGCGGUCGAUGAACGCCACGGGCCGCACCUGGGAGCGCGUCCUGUCCAUCACGAGCCAGCCGGGCAUCGCGCUCGCGCGCAAGAAGACCAAGGCCGGGUCGCCGGUCGACGAGGCGCCCUGA